CCUGAGAAGAACAUUUGCAGAUCCAUGCAAUAAAGUGCAAACUGUGGCCCUAAAACUAGGAGAAUUAUUCAUGGGGAAUACUGGCCAUUCCCAAUCAAGCACUAUGUUAAACUAACAGGUCAGUUGUGAAUCAGUCCUGAUUUUCUAUCCAUGUUCUUACAUAAUUAUCUGCUCAAUAGUUUGGAACAAUCAUUUUCAUAGGCUGGGCUGUUUGUGUUAACUUGUUGCAGUUCAUUUCUUCUGUUGUUAAUGCAAUAAUCAGCCUCUGGGCUUGUGUACCUUUAAAAUGCUACAGAGGUGCAGCUGUACCACUGCAGGUGCCCUGAUGUAGCACUUUGGUAUAGACACUACCUACACUGAUGCAAGAAUCCCUCCCAUCAGAGUAGUUAAUCCACCUCCACGAGACCAGGUUGCAGGGGUGUGCACAGGAAUAAAAUUUUUUGCCCCUUUAAGAGGGGCACUUUCUGUGCCCACCGCAGCCUGUGUAGUGUAGUGGAUUGCUCCACAUAGGAAUGUGCGGCUUACAUGUACUGAGCAUGCUCAGUUCAUCUGCUGAAGCCACUGCCCUUCACCCUGCCCUUAUUAGCCGUAAGAUUCUGCGGACUGCUUUAUACACGGGUUAAAAAGGGACAAAGGGGCCAAAUUGGAGCAGGGGAGUGGCCAGGGUCUGAACAGGGGGUGGAAAUUGACGGGCCAGGUGGGUCAAUCAGCUGGAGGCAGGACUAGGAGAGGGGCUAAAGGGCAAAAUCAGGGAUGAGGGGAGCAGGAGUUAAGCUCGUGGUGAGGUGCUGCCAGAGGGUGUCAGAGGAAAAACCCAGCUCAGGCAGGGGCAGAGGGGGUAACAGUUACCCCAGUGGAACUGAGACACCCAUAUUUGCAAAAAUGGUGGAGGGAAAAGGGGCUUUUUAUUUCCCUCCCCUCCCCUCCAGGCCAGAGGAACUCUCUCUUCCCCGGCAGCGGAAAGAGCUGGAUCUCACCCUGUGGAUCCUGGGUCGGAGGAGCUGUCAUCUCCUGCACCAGCCCCAGAGGAGUUCUGUGCUCUCACUGGGAGGGGACAAAGAGGCGCAUGCCAGCGUCAAUGUUCUAAAUCCGCAAGAAGAGUCUCUUUAAAAUCAUCAGUGGGUUCAGAUCACCUGAAUGCUUGAAUCUGCUGGUACGGGCACUUCCAGCUCCGCAGCUGGACUGGCUGUUUCUUUAAGAAAAGACUCUAGCUUCUCCCACUUGACGGGUGUUUGAAAUGAUAGCAUCUCUCCAGAUGCAGUACUGCAUUACUUUCGCUUUCCAGCUCGGCAGAUGCCGGAAGAAGGCAAGCACAUUUAUCAGUCUGGAACGCAAACAUGGUUCUUUAAAAAGUGCACGGAAAAGUGAUGAGAAAACUCUUCUAUAGCCAGAGUUAACUGGCUACAACUCUUUAGAAAACUCUUUUAUAGCCAGAGUUAGCUGUUCAACUGGAUAUUUGCUGAAAUAGUCACUUACAAGCUAGCACAGGACGAUUGAGAGCUGGUCACGCCCUGAAGACUGUGAAACUUCUUGGAAGGACAAAUCAACUAUGGCGAAGAUGAAAAUUGCCUCAUUCGGCUGCAGCUCCAGAACCAGCUCUGCUCAAAUGGGUUUGAUCAUUUUCCCCAUUAUUUGUCACAUCCAGAAGCUGGAAUCAGCCCAGUUUGCAGUGGUGGUCCCUGAUCAUUCAGUCACUGCUAUCGUGGGUGAGGAAUUUGUAUUACCCUGUCACCUGUCCCCCAGGAUGAAUGCUCAAAACAUGGAGGUGAAAUGGUUACGACCUCAUCUCUCGUCAGUUGUGCAUCUGUACCGUGAUGGCAAGGAUCAGAAUGAGUCUCAGACCCUAGAAUAUCAGGGAAGGACAGAGUUUUUGAAAGACGGCCUUUCCACUGGGAGUGUUGACUUGAAAAUACACAAUAUCAGACCCUCUGAUGAAGGAUUGUACAGAUGCUUCAUUCGAUCAAGUACCUUUUAUGGAGGAGCCCUGCUGGAACUGAAGGUAGCAGGUUUGGGCUCUGAUCCCCACCUCUCUGUUGAGGGUUACCAGGAUGGAGGGAUCCAAGUGGUGUGCCGAUCGGCCGGGUGGUACCCAGAGCCCGAAGUGCUGUGGCGAGAUCUGGGUGGGCGACAUUUGCCUUCAGUCUCUGAAACAACAUUCCGAAGGGAUAACGGCCUGUUUGAAACGCCUGCUUUCCUUAUCACAGAACGUUCAAACCAGAACUUGUCAUGUUGUAUCCGGAACACCUUCCUCAACCAAGACAAAGAAUCAACAAUUUACAUAGCAGAUUCUUUUUCCCCAAAGUCUCCGGUGGAUGGUGUUUCUGUGCAUGAGCCUGGUGGUUUUGUUUGUUUCCAUUGGCCUUAUUCUUUAUCUCUGCAAAGUAAAAGAGAAACUUGUAGCAGAACUUAUUUGGAGAAGAGUCCUCACACACCCAGCGAAUGUGACUCUGGAUCCAGACACGGCUCAUCCCGUCUCAUCAUUUCUGAGGAUCGGAAAAGUGUGAGGCAGGGAGACACCCAGAAAGAUCUGCCUGACAACCCUGAGAGAUUUGAUUACGAGUGCUGUGUGCUGGGCUGUGAGGGAUUCAUCUCGGGUAGCCAUUACUGGGAGGUGGAGGAAGGGAAUGGGAAGUACUGGGCUGUUGGGGUGGCCAGAGAGUCUGUGAGCAGGAAGGGAGAGUUCAUGUCUAACCUAAACCCUGAAGUGGGGAUCUGGGCUGUGAGGCUGUAUGGGGGCCAGUACCAGGUUCUCACCUCCCCAAAGAUUCCCCUGACCCUGAGGCGUGGCCCCCGUAGGAUCCGGGUUUGUCUGGACUAUGAACAGGGGCAGGUGGCAUUUUUUGAUGCUGAUAACCAGGCUCCAAUCUUCACAUUCCCGCAAGCCUCUUUCACUGGAGAGAGAAUCCGCCCCUGGCUCUGGGUCAGAGGGGGAUCCCAGCUCAGCCUGUGUCACUGAGGCACAAGGGGGAAAUAUCCCACUGAAAUCAGAAUUCCUAAUAUCUAUGAGCUGGGAGGUGAUGCCAGUCAGCGCUGUGUUUUUGGGGAACCAGGGCACAGUAUCUAGCCUGUCUGACUCAUGAAAGACACCCCACCACCACCAGUCUCUGCUUGAAUCAAACCAAUCAGAGAAAAGGCUCGCAGAGAGCAGUGAAGGGCAUUGGGAGACACAAAUAGACCCCUCCUGAUAAGGGUGACAAGAUUAAGACAUCUCCAUUAGCAUACAGAAUGAAAACAGAGACAACUCCCUCGCCUCACCUGCAUGAAAGAUGGGACGGGAGACAUCUCAAUUUGCAUACAGAAUGGAGAACAGA